GAGAAAAGGAGAAAAGAAAGUGGGAGUCUUCUAGCUCCAUGGAAGAUGAAAACCAGGAUUCAACUUAGUGUUUCUCCAUCUUUCCAAUCAAAGUAAGUCACAUUCAUUCAGAAUACUGAUAUGGCAUUCAUUACUUUGCUCACAGUAAAGUUGUUGCCACAUUAGACAUUUUAAAAAAAUCUAUUCAAUGGCUACACUCCACCUGAGCCAUAAAUAACCUAGGAGUGUAUAGGCUUAUUAGUCUGUUUGAUCUAAUGUAGAAGGGGUUAAAAAUACAUUUGGGGAAGCCAGCAGCCCAAUCCUAUCUAUGUUUACUUGUAUAAUGAUUUUACUCAACUAUACACAGCGCAAGGAGUAAAUAAUACAUUACUAAAGCAGCAUGAAAACUACUUCCCUGUGGUCUAGUCCAAUGUCAUUUGAGCCACAUCACACCAUUCCUUCUUAUGUUAGCAUUAAUCUCUCUUGGUCCAGGUGAUGUUCAGAUUGGAAAGGAACCAUAUGGUAUCAUUUUUCCUAUUGACAUGGUGUGCAGAACGAAUAAGCUUAGCUUAGGGCAUAGAGAUGAAUUACCCAAUUUGCUGGGAAAGUACAUGUGUGCAUGCACACACAUAGACACUUUUAUAAGAUUACAACCAUUGGGUUCACAUCUAGGUGCAGAAUUAUUUUGUCAGGUUGAAAUACCCAUAACUGACACCUAACAUAAACCAGCGUGGGGGACCUUAUUCAGCCCAAGGUUGAAAGGUUGCUUUGUAGCGGACCAGAGGCAAAAGUAGGCAGAGAAAUGGAUGCAACUCCUACCUUGUGCAAAAGUUAAAGGUUUCUAAACACAAGUCUCUCAGUUCUCAACUUCAGUGUCUCUUCUCCCAAAGCACUGUGACUGGAGAUACCUAGUAAAUUCUGUUAUGUACUGAAGUUCUCACCCUGGGCCAGCAGGGGGAUACUGUAGAUAGUUUUCACUCAGGUCCACAUAUGCAAAUAAGGGAUUGAAAGUGACGUUCAGUGAUUGAAUAGUUACGGAAAGUGGUUACUGUUGCGUUGUAGUGGAGCUCUAUAUAAGCAGGCUGGCUGAAUCCUUCACAGUUCAGUUCAGUUCUGGCCUGCGAAUAAACAAGAGCUGUUUGAAGAAUCACUGUGUCAUCUGAUAUGCUCACCCACAACUUAACAAAUUCAUUCUCUGGUUGGAAACUAGAGCUGUUGGUCCCAAAUUGUCUCACCACUUCCCCUUGCCUAGGAAGGAGGAGAGUUUUCCUGUGAGGAGUUCAAAACGUAUCUCAAUCUGGGUGCUCACACAUUGAAACUAAAAACCACCUCUGAAGCAGGUGCAGAGUUUCAGGAUGAGGCCACUUUGGACCACUUUGAAGAAGUUCCACUUCACUUUGGAGGAGGUCCAAAUACCUGUUUCUAUUCGGUAUUUGAUUUGGUGCUGAUACCCCACCCAAAACAUUGCAUAUUUUGCAGAUUUGUAAGAUGCCAACAGAUGACAACUUGUGCUUACUGAAUCAAUAUCUCUUUACUAAGUAAAAGUUGUGAUGCAUCUGCUAUUUUAUUAUAAUUUUUCUUGCAAAGGGUAUGAUGACUUAACUGUGCGGUUGUUCAGGAUGUUACACACACGCAAAAAAACUGGUUUCUAACAUAAGACAAUUUUUAUCAUUGCUAUGAUUAUGACUGUAGACAGCUGUCUGCUUCCUUAUCAAAUGCAGAGCACAGUUCAAGGCCACAGCCCUAAUAUUGAGAUUCCUGCAUGGAAAAGAGCUUUAGGAGAUGAAUGAUUCCAUCUCCUUCUCAAAAUUUAAAUCUUCAGCAACCAUUAUGCUCCAUCAGAAGUAAGCUAGUCUUCUGAGAAGGUGGUGAUCAUUCAAGAACUUUUUGGGAGGAACUCUGACUCCCCAUUACAGUGGUACCUUGGGUUACAGGUGCUUCAGGUUACAUACUGUCAGAGCUGGCUCCAGGUCCCAGCUCACAGAGGACCAACGCUAGCCGGCAGUAAUGUACAAAAGUCUUUAUUGAAGUACAGUUUCCAUUUUCAAGCCGCAGCGCCCCAGCUCUACGUCUAGGGGUUAGAUCGGCGAAGCUCCAUCUGAGUCUCCUCACCUUGUACACCUGUUUAAGAUUCUAGCCUUACUCCAACUCUUACGUCUCUCCUUUCUCCUCUGGGUCCUGCUACCCCCCAGGGUCCCUUCCUUCCUGGAUUCUUCUGACGCUGACGUUGACCCCCUGACUCCUCCCCUCUUUUCGGCGGGCUUUGGGACCUGGCUCCCUAUCCGGGCUGCCAACUGCGCCGCCCUCCUGUACAUUUGAACUUGGCGCGCGCGCCCAGCCUUCAACCUUCCUCUCGACCGUUUCCUCGCUCCCCGAUGGAGGCGUGGCCAAUCCUGACUCAUGUCCUCCCACUGGCAGUGCGCCGCCUGAUCCCGAUGCCUGGGACUCCUCCCCUACUGCACUCUGGUGUGGACGCUGGUCCUGAUUUCCAACUGCUGCUCUCUGAGUCCCCUCUGGCCCCUUCUUCCUGGGGUGUCCCCUCGGCACCCCCUUGCUCUGACCAAGGGAGCCCCUUUCUGUGAAUCUUCCGAUUCGCUGGAAAGACUCAGAGACCUCGGACCGCUGUCAUCGCUAACAUUUCCUUCGGACUCCUCCCCUCGCUCUCUAUUUCCUCCCUUUCCUGUGCCUCUGCUCCUGAACCCCUGACAUCCAUCCCCCUCGAAGCCCCCCUUCCCCCUCCCCUCCUUCAGGUGUGGGUACUGGGUGCUCCGUCGUUGUGGGGGUGAGUGCCGGAUACAGUUCGUCCCCCGUGGCGUGCAUCCAGCCGGAUAAGUCCGGCUCGUCCUCCGUGCUCUCGCCGACCUCAAUUUCCUCUGCUUCCAUCUCUUUGCCGCCGUGCUCGAACCCAAGGUCCUCCCCAACACGUCCAUGUCCGUCUCUCCCCGGUCUCCUCCGGGGACGUUGCCUGCCAAGGACCCCCCAGCCACUUCCUGCGCCACUGCUCCUCUGGUUGAUUGUCCCACCAAUAGGAACGGUCUGAGGCAGACCCCGAGGGUGAUCCCUCCGGGGAACGUGUUUCUAGUGCCGGUUCCUCGUCCGAGGUGAACCCCUGGAAUGUGCUAGCUGAAAAUGUGGGUGUGAAAAGCCAGUCGUCGAAAUACUCGGCUGGCAUGGGCCUGUGUGGGAAAAGGGCAUGAAACUCGUCCUUGAGAAAAGGUUCGUCCAAGGCAUGGUCUGGCACCCAACUGUUGGCGCUGGCCGGGGUACCUUCUCUGGCGAGAAGAUAUUCUACUCCCUCUUCCCCCCAUCUCGAGUCUAAAAUCUCUGUGACUUCGUUGACGGGUUCCCGCCUUGGCGACCCCCCCCUUGUGGGCGUUUCCCUGAACGGGUCUGGUGCCGUUCCUGGCUCCUGAAAUCUAUGAGGUGCUUUGUAGGGCGUGAGCACUGAUCUAUGGAAAACUGGGUGCAUUCUGGAUCCCUCCGGCAGUGUCAACCGGAAGGCCACUGGAUUGACCUGUGCCUCGACUUGGUAGGGUCCUAGCUGCUUAUGCCCUAGCUUCUUCUUCGCUAACGAUCUGGCCGGCACUGCCUGGGCUGCUAACCAAACCCAGUCUCCCACCUGUAUGUCUUCCCCAACCCUUCUGUGCUUGUCAGCCUGCAGUUUGUAUGCGUGCUUUGCUAGUUCUAACUGCCUCCGAAGCUGUUCGUGAACCUCCUGCAACUCUGAUGCUAAGGCUUCCGCUGCCUGUGGCUCCCCUCCCCGCUCUCGCUAAUCCCGGGAAGGUUCUGGGAUGCCUCCCGUUGUUGGCGAAGAACGGUGUCACCCCCGUGGACACGUGCUUCGUGUUGUUGUAGGCGAACUCAGCGAGCGGCAGGUAGUCCACCCAUGUUGCCGGCUGCUGAUUUGCGUAGCAUCGCAGGUACUGCUGCAUGAUGGCGUUGACUCGCUCCGCUUGUCCGUUCGUCUGCGGGUGUCUCGCCGACGCUAGGUUGAUCUUGACGUUCAGGAAACCCAUCAGCUUCUGCCAGAAGUUCGAGAUGAACUGUCGCCCCCGGUCGGACAGGAUAGACCGUGGCAGACCGUGAACCCUGAACACGUGGUCUAUGAACAGUUUGGCGGUCUGUUCCGCCGUGGCCACCUUCGCGCACGGAAUGAAGUGGGCCAUUUUGGUGAACAUGUCCACCACCACUAGCACUGCCGUCUUGCCCCUCGAGCUGGGUAGAUCCGUGACAAAGUCCAGGGCCACCCUCUCCCACGGUUCGAGCGGUGUCUGCAGCGGUUCGAGCAGUCCCGCCGGCGGUUUGUGCACUGACUUGGCCCUUUGGCAGGUGUCGCACCUCGAGACGUAAUCCGCGACUUCCCCCGCAUCUUGGGCCACCAAAAAUCUCUGGCUACUAAUUCUACCGUCUUCUCUUUGCCAAAGUGCCCGGCGGUGGGUGCGUCGUGCAACUGCUGCAGUACUUUCGCGCGGAGGUCGUCUCCCGGUACGUAGAGGGCCCCUCUGCGGAUGAGCAAUCCGUCGCGUAUCUGGAACUCGUCGUCCUCCGCCGUGCCCCUUUGCACCUCUGCCAUCUUUGCUUGCGCGAAGGGGUCCUCCUGCAGUGCUCGACGUACAGCAUCCAGGUCCACGGUUGCUGAAGCGCACGCCCACGCUUUCGGUGCGAAAAUGUGCUUGGCCGCUGCUGGUGCCGCCUCCUCGAGGUAUUGCGGCUUUCUGGACAGUGCAUCCGCCAUGAUGUUGUUGUCGCCUGGGAUGUACUCUAUCCUGAAGUCGAAAUCCGCAAAGAACUCCGCCCAUCGUAUGUGCCUCUGGUUCAGGAACCUUGCCGUGCGCCAGUACUCCAGGUUUUUAUGGUCCGUGCGGACCUGCACUGUGUGUUUGGCUCCAAUGAGGAAGUGCCGCCACGCCUUGAAUGCUGCAUGAAUGGCCAGCAACUCCCUGUCCCAGAUGGUGUAGUUCUGCUCUGACUUGCUGAGCUUCCUGGAGUAGAAGGCACACGGUCUCCAGUCCCCAUGCGGGUCUUGCUGCAACAGUACUGCUCCCACGGCUCUGUCUGAGGCGUCCGUUUCAACCCUCAUCGGUCUGCUGGGAUUCACAUGCAGUAGCUGCUCUUCGGACGAGAAGAGACGCUUGAGUUUCUGAAAGGACUGCUCCGCUUGCUCCGUCCAGAUGAACUUCUUCUUCUUGGAGCUGAGCGUGUCGGUAAUGGCCGCCGUCUGCAUCGCGAACCCCUUGAUGAACUUGCGGUAAAAGUUGGCGAAACCGACAAACCGCUGGACCUCCUUCCGAUUGCGCGGGCUCUUCCAGUCCAACACUGAGCGAACCUUGGCGCUGUCCAUGGCGAGCCCCUUGUCCGACAACUUGUAGCCCAGGAAAUCUACCUCCUUCAUGUCGAACUGGCACUUCUCCAGCUUGGCGUACAGCCUGUGCUCCUGCAGUCUCUGCAGAACUUCCUUGACGUCUCCCUCGUGGGUCUCCUCUGAUUCUGAAAAUAUCAGGAUGUCGUCCAGGAAGCAGACGCAUUUCUUGUAGAGGAGACCCGCCAAUACGUGAUGCAUGAAGGCUUGAAAACAGUGGGAGCCAUUUUGUAAUCCAAAGGGCAUAACUCUGUAUUCAUAGGUGCCCAGGGGCGUGAACAUGGCAGUCUUCCAUUCGUCGCCCUCCCGUAUGCGAAUCAGGUUGUACGCCCCUCGCAGAUCCAACUUUGUGAAAACGCGUCCUUUCCUCACCGUUGCGAGCAGGUCAUCUAUCUUGGGCAUGGGAAAGGCUGUGGGCUUGGUUUUCGAGUUCAAAAUUCUAUAGUCCACCACAAGCCUUUUUUGGGGCGUGUCCUUCUUCUUCACAAAGAAUACAGGACUGCCCCCACUGCCUUCGACUCCUGGAUGAAACCGCGCUUCAAGUUGAGGUCUAUGAACCCCUGAGUUCCUGCAGCUCGUCUUCAGACAUGGAAUACAGUUUCCCGGUUGGCAGCGUCGCCCUGGCAGGAGGUCAAUCUUGCAGUCAUAGGACCUGUGGGAGGUAGCUUGUCCGCUUCCUUCUCGCAGAAAACCUCCAAAACGCUGCGUACUUGAGUGGCACUGCUUGCAGCGUGCCUAAUUGUAGCUGCGGGUCAUCCUCUUCCCCUUCCGGGCUAGGCAGAAUGCAAUGUUCCGCACAGUAUGAGGAGCCGAAGGUCAGUUGUCGCUGGUACCACGCCAAUGCUGGGCUGUGCCUGUGCAGCCAACUCAUGCCUAAUACUAUAGGCGUGUCCGACAGUUGGGUGACAUUGAAGCUGAUGACUUCUCGGUGAUUCCCAAUUUGCAUCACCAUCGGAGGCGUUUGCUGCACCACCUGCCCCCCCAGCAAUUCCCUGCCAUCCACCGUGACAACUUUCAGAGGCAGCGUGGCUGGCAGGAGUGCUAUGUUGUGCUCUUGAAUGAAAUCCAGUCCUAUGAAGUCUGCGUUACUACCAGAGUCAAUG